AUGUCAGAGACUACACCAGAGGAACUACCUUCAUUCGACCUGACCCAGAAGAAGAAGAAGAAGACCACUUCAUCAUCAUCAACUGGUGAGGAGAAGAAGAAGAAGAGCACAAAGGUUACUGAACCAGUUGAGGAGGAGGUUGUAGAGAAGAAGAAGAAGUCAUCAUCAAAGAAGUCAAAGGAUGAGAGUCCAGCACAGGAGGACGAGGAUACAGUGGACUUUAACUCAUUGAAAAAGAAGAAGAAGUCAUCAUCAUCAAAGAAGUCAUCAAAGGAUGAGGUCGAGGAGGAGGCCCCCGCCGCCGCCGAAGGCGAUGAGGACAGCGCCAAUGUCAUGGAUCUUGGAAAGAAGAAGAAGAAGUCCUCGUCGAAAUCAAAGGAGGAGAAGGAGGAGGCCGCCGAGAAGGAGGCUGCCGCAAUGGCCGCCGAGCUCGAGUCAGAGAACAUCACCGGCACCCCGUGGGUCGGCAGCGAUCGCGACUACAGAUACGCAGAGUUGACCUACCGUGUCUACCAUCUGCUCCAAGCCAACAACCCAGAGCUCAUGACCGAUCAGAAGCGUGCCAUGAAGACCCCAACCGUCUUCAGAGAUGGUAGCAGAAAGACUGUUUGGGCAAACUUCUCAGAGAUUUGUCAGAUCCUCAACCGUAAGCCAGAGCACGUUCUGUCAUACGUCUUUACAGAGCUGGGUACCAAUGGAUCAGUUGAUGGUAACCAUCGUUUGGUCGUCAAGGGUAGAUUCACUUCACAGCAGAUGGAGGUCGUCAUUCGUCAUUAUAUUAGUGAAUACGUCGCAUGCCGUAACUGUAAAUCACCAAACACUGUAUUAGAGAGAACCAAUCGUCUUUACUUCUUGUCGUGCAAUGUGUGCAAUUCAAAGCGUUCAGUUGUCGUCAUCAAGAAGGGUCUGGAAGUUGGAAAGAACAAGGCGAAGGAGGGUCCCACCCCAUCAUAA